ACAAUCUGGAGAAAAUUGCCUCAAAGUGGUCCGGCGAAUUGGGACGAGAACGGUAUCAUAGUGUGUUCGUGACAACACCUAAUGAUGAACUACUGACUGUGGAAGUUGCUAGCUCAGAUUUGGCGAGCACUUUGUACUGUGAACUAGAAAGAAGAAUUGGCAUGAAAUCAGACCAUUAUGCAAUUUUUUCACAUGGGAAAAGGCUUGUGCUUCCAAACAUGUCUUUACAUGACCAAGGAAUUACUGGUACCACACAUCUUCAUAUUACUAUGUCUGUUCAAGGUGGUGCUGACAAAGAAGACAAGCAAGGUGAUAAGCCAAAGAGUAAGAGUAAGAGUAAACAGGAAGAGAAGUCAAGUGCUUUGGCAAAAGGUAGCAGUUCUCGAACUGAUGGUCACAAACCCAAUUCAAAAGAGAAGGAACCAAAACUGAUGGAUGUUUGCCAAGGGCUUCCACAAAAGGUGGAUGCAAGGGCUCUAUUCAAAGAAGGGUUGAAGACAGACUUGAGCAUGGACUUUAUCAUCUCCAUGGGUUGA